AUGACUGGGAAGGGAGUUAUGAGGGUUUACUCUUUGGUGAUCAAAAAUAGUAAAUUAGAUUGGUUCUUGGCUUUUAAAGCAGUGGUUGAUAGGUUUCAAGGUUUGCAGGAGGCAACUUUAAAUAGGAAGUUAUCUGAUCAUUAUCCUAUUUUUCGUCAUGAUUUGAAGGUUGAUUAUGGUCCUACUUCUUUUAAUCUCUUUAAUUCUUGGUUGAUAAUGGAUGGUUUUGAUGAUUUGAAUAAGAUUUGGGAUUCACACUUUAGGGCUAAGGAGGCUUGUAAAGCAAAGAAGGUGCAGUUGGAGUCUCGGUUGGCUGAUAUUGAUAGUUCUAUUGAUGGUGGGCUUUCUUCGAUUGAUUUGGUAAAUGAAAGGAAGAGUAUUAUUAGGGAGCUUGGGAGUUUAAAAAAGGUUGAUGCUGCUGAUUUGGCUCAAAAGCCUAAAGUGCAAUGGUUGGUUAAAGGGGAUGAGAAUUCUGCUUUCUUUCAUGGUAUGUUAAAAAAUAAAAGAUGGCAAGCGUUGAUUCGUGGGGUUUCAGUUGGCGGAGAAUGGGUGUCGGAUCCAGUUUUUGUUAAAAAUUAA